AUGAAGUUUGCCAAAGAGCUAGAGCAGGACCUUGUCCCGGAAUGGCGCGCAAAGUACCUGGACUACAAGGUGGGCAAGAAAUACGUCAAGGCGGUUUCUAGAGCCCAAUCCCGCAUGAACAGCACCCCUCGAACGCCAGCACCGCAGCAGAAGCCCAGCCUUGAUCCUCAAAAUCACAGCCUGUACGGAGCUACGUCCUUCCAGCCUCGAAACCACACUUCGACCUCGGUCCGCAGAUUCGACGGCGCCAACGAGGAAGCGACAGAAGGCCUUCGGGGCUCCCCUGCGGCGCUCGGGGCAGAUACACAACCAGACUCGGAAAACUCUGACGGACGCCCUUCGAAACCCUCGAGGCCGACGCCCUCGGUGCCGAUACCUGCGCAGAAUGGAGGACCUUCAGAUCAAGAUGUGAAAUAUGGGAGUUUUGUGCUUACGCCGCCCGCGAGACCCUCCGCCAGCUUUGAACUGCCAGACCCGGCGAUGGAACCGGCUCCUGUACACGAUGGGUCGAUGAGCCCGAGAGGGGUUUUGAGUAGAAUACCCUCGAACUGGUCUGCCUCAAACCAUUCUGCCUUGAGCCGGUCUGCCCCGAGCAGACCCGGGCCCGUUGCAGCUCCCGUUAGUGCGUAUGAGGUUGGCAGGACGUUGACACCGCCACAUAGGAGUACAUUCGCAAGCAUAAGGAACAGGGCGCAUCGAAGCGGAAGUGUUCGGCCGUUCAUGCGCCGGGUAUUCUCUGUAGGUGCGUCCCCGGAUCACGCAGAGGGUCAACGGUUGGAUGAGGACAUCGCCAUGGAUCAGGUACGGUCAAGACAGCAGGAGUUCUUCAAGUUCAUGGACAAGGAGCUGGAGAAGGUAGAGACGUUCUACAGGGCGAAAGAGGACGAAGCGGGCGAACGAUUGAAGGUCCUUCGCGAGCAACUCCACGAGAUGCGGAACCGACGCAUCGAUGAGGUAGCCCAGGCUCAGCAUGCCAAGGUUGUUCGCCGGGCGGAAGAGAGCAAGAUGUUCGACUUUGGGACCAAGUCCAGCGGUCAGUCCAAGAAGGACGACGACUACCGACCAACCUCUCGCGAUGGAUUGACCGCGUGGCUCGACCCCUUGGAGAGAGCCUAUGGAAACGCCAAAGCCAGGAUCACAGGCCCUCGUCCAGGAACAAACUCGAAGGCGUUGCAAAACAUGAACCAGUCUCCCGAAAUGAGAGCCAAGGCCCAAGCUGAGCGAAACGAACAAGCCGACGACGGUAGAGACUACAUUCGGCGACCGCAUUACAGCGAUGCUGUACCUUACCGAACUGCCAAGAGGAAACUUAAGCUCGCCCUCCAAGAACACUACCGGGGCAUGGAGCUGCUCAAGUCCUACGCCCUGUUGAACCGCACGGCUUUCCGGAAGAUCAACAAGAAAUACGACAAGGCCGUUGAUGCCCAUCCACCUCUUCGCUUCAUGUCCGAGAAGGUCAACAAGGCGUGGUUCGUGAACAGCGACGUCCUCGAUUCCCACCUGCACGCCGUCGAGGACCUCUAUGCCCGGUACUUUGAGCGAGGGAACCAAAAGAUCGCUACCGGGAAGCUUCGCAGCUCUACAAAGGGACACGCAGACCAAUCGGCAAGCGCUUUCCGCAAUGGCGUGCUGAUUGGGAUCGGGGCCGUAUUCUCGAUCCAAGGUAUCAUACAUGGCUCCGAACUGCUGUCCGACCCAGAUCCUGUCAUCCGGGUUCAGACAUCCUAUCUACUGCAGAUUUACGGCGGCUACUUCCUGGCCUUGUACUUGUUCUCCUGGUUCUGCUUGGACUGCAGCAUCUGGACACGGAACAAGAUCAACUACCAAUUCGUGUUUGAAUUUGACACUCGACACAACCUGGACUGGCGACAGCUGUCGGAAUUCCCUUCCUUUCUCAUCCUCGUGUGGGGACUGUUUGUCUGGCUGAAUUUCACGAGAUACGGGGCUCCUGCGAUGUUUAUCUACUACCCGGUUGUGUUGAUCUUCGUCACGGCUGUGGUUAUUCUCUUUCCUGGGCCCUAUAUUUUUCAUCGGAGUCGCAAAUGGUUUGUCUAUUCGCAUUGGCGUUUGCUUUUGGCCGGUCUAUACCCUGUAGAAUUUCGCGAUUUCUUUCUCGGAGACAUGUAUUGUUCGUUGACAUAUUUUAUGAGCAAUAUAGAGUUGUUCUUUUGCUUGUAUGCGCAUUACUGGGACAAUCCAGCACAAUGUAAUUCGACACAUUCUCGGCUCCUCGGCUUCUUCUCGACACUCCCGGGCAUCUGGCGUGCCUUGCAAUGUCUUCGACGUUACCGCGACACACGAAAUGUGUUCCCUCAUCUGGUCAACGGUGGGAAGUAUACCAUGACGAUCGUUUAUUGUGUGAGCCUGAGCAUCUACCGUAUCGACCGGGCGAAGAGCAAUCUCGCAAUCUUUAUCACUUUUGCUACAAUCAAUGCCGUGUACUGCUCCAUCUGGGAUCUCCUGAUGGAUUGGUCUCUUCUCCAACCCGACGCCUCCAAACCCCUGCUGCGAGAUGUCCGUGGGUACAAGAACCCAUACUACUACUACGCAGCCAUGUUCCUCGAUCCAAUCUUCCGCUUCAAUUGGAUCUUCUACGCCAUCUACACCCAGGAUCUCUCACACAGCACCCUUGUAUCUUUCCUUGUAGCCUUCUCCGAGGUCACCCGCCGAGGCGUGUGGGUCCUCUUCCGUGUGGAGAAUGAACACUGCUCCAAUGUCGCCCGCUUCAAAGCCUCCCGCGACAUCCCACUCCCUUACUCUGUGUCCUCAGAUACGGAGGAAGACUCCGUGCCUACCCAGCAACCACCCGCUUCCCUUGCAGAAGGCCGCACCUCGCAGACCUCGCCCGCCGUGUCCCGCCUCCGCAGCCAUACUAGCGCGACGCUUGAAGCGCAGGCAACUCCUGGGUCUUCGAUGCGCCAUCGUGGGCUCCAGAGGAGUUUCACGGCGAUUAUGGCGAAUGCUCACACGGAGGAUUUCGAGAAGAGGAAGACGCCGGGCGCCGGGGACAGCGAUAAUCUAGUGAAUCGCCGCAGGGAUGGAGACGAUGAGGAUGCGCAUGCGCAGGGUGUUGAUAGUAGUGAUGAAGAUGACGAGGAUGAUGCACAGACUAUACUCGAUGCUGAAGUGUUGCUCCGGCAGGGGGCUGGCGGGCAGCGUGGGUAG